AUGUCUGGCGGAUGGAACCCCAUGAGUGGCCGUGAUGCCAGAGGCACUCGGCCCAACGGUGCUCCUAUAGGUGCUCCUGUUCCCACACAAGGUCAACCCUAUAUCCCUCAUGUCGGCGGGCCCGGCUAUAACUUUGGUUUAGUUUCUACCCCUUACGGUGUCAUGUAUGGCGGCGCCCCUUAUGGCGGCGCCGGAUAUGGCCAGCCUGCCUACGUGGUCCCUCAAGGACCGGUUGCAGGGUUUCAAACUCCAAUGACCUAUGCAAACCAACCCAACGGCAACGGAAACAUCCUUUCCCGACAGGCACAGGCUCAUCCGCAAAUAGAUACCCAAAUGCCUGCCGCACAGAUGACUAAUUCUACAGGCGGCGUGGGUUGCGAGCCCGGCUACAACUACUUUUUCCCUGCCGAGCAUACCAAAGUCCAUGUCUUCAAGAGCGAGACCCCGCCCUGGCAACUCGAUGCCAACGCACAGAUCCCAUUUAUUGCCUCCCACGUUCCCACCAGCACCAAGCUGGGCGAUCUCCUCAAGGGUUUCGGCUGCACCAAUGCAAACCCUAAGAAGAACAAGUGUUUCGAACUCUACAGCGGAGGAAAUGGUAAAUGGUACAAGGGAUAUUCCUUCAAUGGAGACGAGGAGAAGGAGAUUGAGAAGACCUUCAACGAUGUGGGCUGGACCUCUGACCGCACAGGCAGUGACAAUGGCAAGCCUGUCGUCUGUCUCUGGUUCUGCAAGAGCUAA